AUGAUUGAUUCAGCCAUUGCUACAUAUUGGUAUAUCACAAUACCAUCAGUAUUCCUACUUUACAUCAUCAUAAGCUACAUCAAUGAGCAAUACUUGAUGCGCAAGUUCAAAGCCAAACCAUUCACAAACUAUAUUAGUGGUGGCUUUUUUGGAUUCCAAGAAGGUAUUGCAGCUUUGAAACAUAAGAAAGCAGGUACAGCUAUUGAGCGCUAUCGUGACUUGUAUGAGGAAUUACCCAAUCCAGAUGUACCAACUUACAAAAGUUUUGUAUUUGGUACACCAUUGGUAUUCACCAAAGAUCCAGAAAAUAUCAAAGCAAUAUUGGCCACUCAAUUUAAUGAUUUCUCAUUGGGUAUUAGACAUGCACAUUUUGACCCACUUUUGGGUGAUGGUAUUUUCACUUUGGAUCAUCAAGGAUGGAAAGAUUCACGAGCAAUGUUACGUCCUCAGUUCGCAAGAGAUCAAAUUGCUCAUGUCAAGGCAUUGGAGCCUCAUUUUCAAUUCUUGUUGAGACAUAUUGAAAAGAACAAUGGUCAGUUCUUUGAUAUACAAGAGUUGUUUUUCAGGUUCACUGUUGAUUCAGCUACUGAGUUUUUGUUUGGGUCUAGUGUUUCCUCGUUACAAGAUGAAUCUAUUGGAUGCGAUACAACUGAAUUGGAUUUUGUCGGCAGAAAGGAGUUUCCUGAAGCCUUCAACAAAUCACAAUUGAUUUUGUCAACAAGAGCAUUAUUACAGAAGAUGUAUUGGAUCUAUAACCCCAAAGAAUUCAAGAAAUGUAACGCUAUUGUUCAUCAAUUCAGCGACUACUAUAUUAACAAAGUAUUGAGCUGUACACCCGAAGAAAUUGAAAAGCAAAGUGGGUAUGUUUUUCUUUAUGAAUUGGUGAAACAAACAAGAAACCCCAAAGUGUUGAGAGAUCAAGCAUUGAACAUCUUGGUUGCUGGUAGAGAUACCACUGCUGGUUUAUUAUCAUUUGUUUUAUUCGAAUUGGCAAGGAACCCCGAUAUCUACAAAAAGUUGCGCGACGAGAUCUUGGAUAAAUUUGGUACUUCAAACUUGGAAGAAAUUACUUUUGAAAGCUUAAAGAAGUGUGAAUAUUUGAAAGCUGUGCUUAAUGAAGCAUUACGUAUGUAUCCAUCAGUUCCAAGAAAUUAUAGGGUCUCCACUAGAAACACGACAUUACCUCGUGGUGGUGGUUCUGAUGGUACAUCUCCUAUAUUUAUCCCAAAAGGAAGAUCAGUUAUUUACAAUAUUGCUGCUACACACAUGGAUCCAAGGUACUAUGGCAAAGAUGUUGAAGAGUUUAGACCUGAAAGAUGGUUUGAAGAGCUGACAAAGAAGUUGGGUUGGGCUUAUUUGCCAUUCAAUGGUGGUCCACGUAUUUGUUUAGGUCAACAAUUUGCUUUAACUGAAGCUUCUUAUGUUGUUGCUAGGUUAGCUCAAACUAUAUCCAAGUUGGAGUUGAAAGAUGGUUACACUUAUCCACCAAAGAAGAUGACUCAUUUGACCAUGUGUAUGUUUGAUGGUGUUUAUGUCAAGAUGGAGAAAGAUGCAACAGCAGCAGCAGCAAAGAGUGGAUGA